GAGCGCCAAAACCGACCUUCUUCCCCUUCUUUUGCUGAACCCAUUUCCUUUUUCCAGUUCUUUUAUCCAUAACCCAUAAAGCAAGUAUUACCCAGCUUUCCUUUUCAUCUAAAAAGAUCCCAUUAUCAACUUUAAAAAUCAAACAAAAAAGAGGAGAGAGAAAAAUACUCAAAUUUCUGCCUCAAAAUUUCCAAAAAAUAUAGGGACCCAAAACUACAGUCAUUCAAAACCAAAUCCCUUUGCCAUUUACCAACCCAUACUCUCUAACCCACCACCUCUCAAUCUACUCUGUUUUUGGUUUUCAGCUCCCUAAAUCUUCAAGGUAGGUCACCUGAAUCCCCACUUUUACUACUAAUUCUUUCUGUUUUUAGCUCAAUUAUUCCCAGUUUUUUUACAUUCAGUUUCUGGGUUUUUCUUCCUUUUAUCUGGGUUAAUUUUAUCUUUUUUGAAUUCAAAUGAUUCAAUUUGAGAAACCAAUUUGUUAAAAAAAUGUCUAAAAAUAGUAACAUUUUAAUCCCACCACCAUCAUCACCACCUCCUUCAACCCCUCUCCCUUCCUUCCCAUCUUCUUCAUCUUCUAAUUACAGUAGGAUUAGCCCAGUAAUCCUUCUAAUUAUAGUAAUUCUAGCUAUGAUCUUCUUCGUUGCUGGAAUCCUUCAAUUCUUAAUCAGAUUCCUCAUGAAAAAACCCUCAAACAAUUCCCCUCAUUCUAAUUCCAGAAACCCUGAAAGUACAAGUUCCGAAACAAUUCAACGCCAACUUCAGCAGCUGUUUCGACUCCACGAUUCAGGGUUAGACCAGCCACUUAUCGACGCUUUACCUGUAUUCUUUUACAAAGACAUAGUGGGUUCAAAAGAGCCCUUUGAUUGCGCUGUUUGUCUGUGUGAAUUUUGUGAUCAAGAUAAGUUAAGGUUGUUACCCUAUUGUAGCCAUGCCUUCCACAUUAGUUGUAUUGAUACAUGGCUUCUUUCCAAUUCGACUUGCCCUCUUUGUAGAGGGAGUUUAUUGGGUUCUGGGUUGGAGAAUCAGGAAUUCAGCUUGGAGUUCUGGAGAGCAAUGUCAUUCGGCCGAUCAAUUGAUUGCGAAACCAGCUUCCAUUUAGGGAAUUCUUUCAAUAAUGUCAGUAGUCUUAGUACUAGAACUACUAGUCGCCAUGGUUUUAGUAAGCCUACCAUCAUGGAGGAGAGCGCGACUGAGAGGAGGGUUUUCUCGGUUAGGCUAGGGAAGUUUCGGACCACCAACGACCGCGGUGAGGCGGUUAAGGAGCCCGAAAACGGAGAGACGAGCGGCGGUGAUGGCGACGGCGAUGGCGGUGGCGGGGAUGGUGAUGGUAGUUUUGGUAGUAGUAGUCAAAUAGAUGCAAGGAGAUGUUAUUCAUUAGGAUCAUAUCAGUAUGUUGUUGCUGAUUCGGAUUUGCAAGUGGCAUUAUCAACUGAUAAUCCUGAUAAUAUUGGGGUUUCAAAGAGUGAAAAGAUGAUGAUAAAUUCUUUGGUAGAUGGUGAUGUUGAAGGGAAGAAGAUCAGUAGAAGGAACAGAGGGGAUAGCUUUUCUGUUUCCAAGAUAUGGCUUUGGUCUAAGAAAGGCAAGUUUCAAGGUGAUUCUGAUGAAACAACUAAUGUUAAUGGUGGUCAACCUCGUUUUAAUGUUGUUUUGCCAUUGUAGUCAUAGUAGUCAUCGUUAGUCGACGACCUUCACACAACAAAAGCUUUGGGAUGUUGUUAACUAGGUUUGUUGUGGUGUUUUUGUAAUAUUCUUUUUGGUCAUCUUCAUCAAUUGAGAAUUUUUUACUUUACCAUAA